CGUACACUGUAAACAGGAAGUAGCCCGCUAGAUUUUCUGGCCUGAGAGAGAGAGUCAUGGGCAAAAGCUGUAAGGUGGUUGUGUGUGGCCAAGGUGCAGUAGGUAAAACGGCCGUUUUGGAGCAACUACUGUAUGCCAACCAUGUUGCAGGUUCGGAGCCCAUGGAGACCCUGGAGGAUAUCUACAUUGGCUCCAUAGAGACUGAUCGUGGUACACGAGAGCAGGUGCGCUUUUAUGACACCCGAGGACUCCGGGAUGGGAUGGAGUUCCCACGACAUUACUACACUUUUGCAGAUGGCUUUGUACUUGUUUACAGCAUUGACAGUAAAGAGUCCUUUAAGCGAAUGGAGGCACUCAAGAAGGACAUAGACCGUCACAGAGACAAGAAAGAGGUGACUAUUGUUGUGCUGGGUAACAAGCUGGACAAGCAGGAUGAAAGGAGAGUUGACGCUAACAUGGCCCAGAACUGGGCGAAGAACGAGAAGGUUCGUCUUUGGGAGGUGUCGGUGGUGGACCGACGCACGCUGAUCGAACCCUUUGUCUACCUGGCCAGCAAAAUGACCCAGCCACAGAGCAAGUCCACCUUCCCUCUCAGUCGCAACAAGAAUAAGGGCGGUGGUUCUACAGACAGUUAAAUGACCAAACACUGUUAACACAUUCAAGAGGGAGGAAAAAGGGACUAGAGUUGUGUUAAAGGGAACCUUGUUUUACUAAAGGAUCAAUUUUGAUAUCAUGAAGGACUGAGUUAGUAAAGGUUGGUCGUGAGAAUGUGGAGAAGUGAUGAGAGGAAAGGCAGGAUGAUUGUAUGGAUAUUUAUAUACAGUGAGCACUGUUUGUAUUAAUAUAACAUCUGCUUUUAAUGUUUUUGUAAAAUACUACUUUAAAUAUGACUGAGUGAAAAUGGGGAUCUCUUGGUUUUAUUUUGCCAUAUCAGCUAACAAAUCAAAGAAGACGAGGUGUUUUUGUUUCUCACUCCCAUUUUAUUGGGUUGGAUUAUGGCCAAACUAUUCAUCAACAUUCUUUACUAUUACUGCAGUUGUCAUUGGACCUACAUAAUAUAGUUUUUGAACUAGUGACAAUCAGCAUCUGAUCUCAGUUUAUUCGCAACCAGUCCAGAGUUUAAAGGUAUCAUUGAUUCAUGGUGCUCACUGUAUAGAUAAAUUAGGAUCCAACACACAUGUACUGUGGCUACUACUUUAUGUACACGUACACACAGGUUGAAUCAUUAAUGACGUCAGUUUCAAAUGUCACCUAAUUAUUGCAUCACACAAAUGUUGAAUCUCACAUGUUGUAAAAGGGAUUUAUUGAUACAUUAUUGAUGACGUACAGUAACUGUGCUGUUUGUUGGUCAGGAGAUUUGUUACACUAUAUAAUUAUGUAUGCAGAGAUUCACUGUUGGAUGCUGUAUUGACAUUCCUCACCACAUAUUGCCUUCUGUACAGGCUUUAAAAGUUUAAAUGUGAGAUGAAAGAUGUUCAGAUGAAAGGCGGUUUCUGCAGGCUCAGGUGCUACUUUUUUCUGAUUGCUGCACAUGAAAAAACGAGGGACACAAUAUACAAACAGAGAUGUCUCAUCUUUAACAACAUGACUCAUCAUAUUAUCAGUUACUGUCAUUGCUGAAGUUGAAGGUCUGUUUAUAGUGAUUGUAAAAAAAAAUCCACAAUAACACAUUAGACAUUCAGUGACAGGGCGCAGCAUGAGGUCAAAUAUGUGCAGCUUUUAAAAUUUGUUUUAUUGAAAAGGGGAAAUGUUGCUGUUGUCUUGAAUAUUCAUGUGUUUGUGCCACCAUGUAUCAUUCAACUUUUUUGUGGAUAUCGAGCAAUCAAGUUUUAAAACCCUUAAAAUGUGUUCACUUGAUAUUUGUUUGCAUGUUUUGUAAACAAAUUAAAGGAUUGUUGUGCCUAA